AUGAAAACACUAAUGUGUGCCGAUGAUAUGGCCUGGGAAUUUGCCGAGAAAAUAUCCCACAACUGGCUGCUUCAAUUCCUGAAACUUGACAUCAAGAAACCGAUCGCGAUGUUCAUCCUCCAGCGCCAAAGAGGUGAUAGUCCCGAGUUUGCCAUACUCGAAAAAGGUUCCUAUAACAUCUCUUUACGGAUGAAGUACGAAAACUAUGCUGUUGUCAUACGGCUAUGCCAGCCCGGUGCGGUAUUUUUCCCUGAGGAAAAAGUCGCGAACGAAGUUGCCAUGAUGCGAUUUCUCACAGACCAGACAUCGAUACCUGUUCCAUUCAUUCUUGAUUCGGGCACGAAGAAGGAAAGCCCCCUUGAACUGAGCCCAUUUAUCAUGAUGGAAUACAUCGAACACAAAACAAAUAUGUACGACGCUCUCAAUACCCCUGGAUGCCCGAAAAAGGAACGUGGAAUUCUGGAUCCAAACAUCGACGAUAAUACGCUUGAGUCUUUAUAUGGUCAGCUAGCGGGUGUUCUACUUCAGCUGUCAAAGAUUUCUUUUCCUCGUAUAGGAUCUCUCACCCAGGUCGAUGACUUCACCUGGGAAGUAUCGCGCCGACCCUUAUCAAUGAACAUGAAUGAACUGGUACGACUGGGAAGCCUACCGCGAUCUAAACUUCCCGACACCAUAUUCAGUACAACUUCUUGUUAUUUUGAAGCCCUUGCGGACCUAAACAUUGAACACCUGGUGCACCAGAGGAACGAUGCUGUGGAGUCAGCAGAUGACUGUCGACGAAAGUUUGUGGCGCGACAGCUUUUUCGUAAGCUCGCCAGAGAGAAGCGACUUUCUGAUUUACCAUUCGAACAAGGUCCUUUCAAAAUCUGGUGUGACGAUUUGCGACCGGGAAAUGUACUACUCCAUGAAAAUAUGCAAAUUGCUGGCGUGGUAGAUUGGGAGUUCACAUAUGCAGCACCAGUUGAGUUUUCCCACGCACCGCCUUGGUGGCUGCUCAUUGAAAAGCCCGAGCUUUGGCCAAAUGGCAUGGACAACUGGGAAAAUGUGUUUAAUCAUCGCUUGAAGACGUUUCUUAGGGCGAUGAAAAGCCGCGAGGACACGGAGAUUCAAAAAGGCCAAAUAAAAGAAAACCAACGCCUAUCUAGUUAUAUGCAGCGGAGCUGGGACAGCGGAAAUUUCUGGAUCGUAUACGCAGCGUUGAAUAGCUUUGCAUUUGACGCAAUCUACUGGAAGAAAAUUGAUCCCUUGUUUUUCGGGGCUGCUCAAAGUCCUGAGACAGCUUGGAAAGAGAGGCUCGGCCUACUAGGCGAGAAGGAAAUAGAGGAGAUGGAACAAUUGGUUGUUCGGAAGCUGGAAGAGAAAGAAACCAGGAUUCUGAAAUGGGACCCGGAUGAGUAUACUGUUGAAGCAAUAGCGCAAGCGGCUGAAGUGGUUAGAGCCCACUAG